UAGAAAGUAACUGCUGCCUGUCAAAGCCGGGUGACAGCGUCUCGGUCCAGAUCUGGACUCGGGGACGCAGCACUGCACUCACCGACGCAGCACUGGAGCUUCCAUGCACACCACCUGUUCGACGAAACGCGUCUGACGGUCUGAGCUCUGCCCACCAUGGCGGCGGCGGCGGACAACCGGAGAACGGUUCGCGCUCGCGUCCCACGCGCGCCGGAGAGGAUCGGCGCCCUCCCCGACGACGUCCUCCGCCGCAUCAUGUCCCAGCUGAGCUCACGCGAGGCCGUGCACACAUGCUUCCUGGCGCGGCGCUGGCGCAACCUCUGGCGGGAGGUGCCCAUCAUCAACGCGACUUUCGAGGACUUCGAAGACAGCGCCGCUGCCCAUGACAGAACCGAGCGUGAGGCGAUGUUCAAGAAGUUCGUCACCCGUUUCCUGCUGCUACGCAGCCGCGUUGGGCUGGACGAGUUCCGGCUGGACUACAGCCUGGCGGGUGGCACCGAGGACCUCAGCGCUGGCUCCGCCGACGCCAACCUGUGGAUCUUCCAUGCGUUACGGUGGAAUGCUCUGGCCGUCAAGGUUCUCAGCCGGGAACAUCAACUGGAGCUCGACCCUGCGGUAUUCACUUCGAGCUUCUUGAGGAGGCUGCAUAUUUCCAGUGCUAGAUUGGUCCCAGGUUUCUUUGAUCAGCUCCAACAUGGCUGCCCGGCACUGGAAUAUCUGUUCCUAUCCGAUUGCCUCGUGAUGGACCAUGAGAUUUUCUCCAACACGGUGAAGGUUCUCAUCCUCGCUGAGGAAGUUAUGUUCUCAUGUGAUCACGAUGACCCAGUUUCUAUCUCUGCUGCAAGUGCCAUUUCUGUCUCCAUCGAGUGUGAUCUUUCGGUGGCCAGGCUACCUACACUGAAGAACAUGGCAUCCCUAGAGACUGCAUCAGUAUUGCUUUCGGGACAUGUCAAAGCUUGUGAUGCUGAUGAUAUCAGGCAGUUUCUGGGUGGCCUGUCUCAUGUUGCUACUUUGGACUUCCGUUAUAAGGAUGCAAAGCUGACCAUGGAAAAGAAUAUCCGAUGGUGUCCGACAUUCAGAAAUCUUAUAAACCUGACCGUUGAUACAUCGUGUGUCCAUGCGGACUUCUUUGCACUGAUAGUCUUCCUUCAGAACUCACCCUGUCUGAAGAAUCUCACUCUCAAACUAGACCAGGCGUGUGUGUAUGUGAUCUCUGGUGAGCUGGAAGACAGAUCAUUUACAUGUGAGCAGCUUGAGAUUGUUGAAAUCAUAUGUUCAGAGACAAAUGAGCUGCUACCCAGGGUGACUCAGUUUUUGCGUGCUAGUGGCAUCGGGGCCGAUCAGAUGCGCAUCACUCACAAGAACUAAGUCCUAUGCAAGGCAUCCUGUCAUACACCUCGCAAGCAAACAUGAUGUCCUCUUAUGUCUACAUUGUCUCGCUCUAGACAUACAUGCAUGAUUGCCUGUUCGGAUUGAUCUUGGAUUGGUCCAAUGACGCAUAUUUUCUUGAAACUGUUAGUAUUUUAGAUCACUGCAUUGUAACUUCUUUAUAGAUGAGUGAUGUUAAGAUGUAUGCCUGCCAUGCUACAGAAAACAUGCCCUUGCCUUUUCGAUUGUUUUGAAACAAAAAUGUUUCCGGCCAUGUCAUGUCAUCUUUGUUGAAUUUGAUAUUCAAUCAUUAUACCCUUCA